AUGCGCAACAACCCACUAGCUCAAGAGGCACCGACAAACCGACAUAAAUCCAUUUCCGGAGGUUCCACGGCGAAGGCUGCUACCGCUGCCUCUGCCACCGCGGCCGAUGCUAAAAAGAGUGACUGGCGCCGGAAGCACGAGGAAUUUAUCCAAACCAUCCGGGCGACCAAGGAGUUGAAAUCAAGGGCGGCAAGCUUUCGGACAUGCCGUUUCAACCGGACUGCGGUCGAACGACACAUUCCCAAGUGCGCCACCAUGAUCCACAACAAACCGAAACCGACCGCGAAAGCGAAGCGAUUCUAA